AUGGUGUAUGUGAUUUCGCAAGGUGCGCGUGCCACCAAGGUACUCACGCAAGACGAGCGGCAGCUGCUACAAGACUUGGAUUUGCACUUGCAAGAUGCAGCUUGGCACGCUUGCCGCAUCUCAGUGCAGCAAAAAGCUUUGCUAAUGACGAACAACUGCCGGCUGGUCCGGCGUGCGCGCCGCAAAUGGUACCGAAGACUCACAGAGAAGUGCAACACGCACGAUCGGCGCGCGGGCUUAGGUUUUGAGGUGCCGCCUGUGUACAUCGAAGCAACUAAAGAUGCCGAUACGGAAGAACAAGAGCCAGAGGUUCUGACUGCGCAGCUGCAGCAAUGUUCUCUGCGUUGCGGGACCCUGAACAUGCACUUGCUUUCGCCCGGUCCUUGGUUUGAACCUCUUCUUGAGCAGUGUGAUGUUAUGUUCUUGCAGGAAGUUACAACUCAGUGCUUGGAAGACUUUUGCUUGUUAGGGCAACAAAAAGGUUACGAAGUGGUGUCUCCUCUGCUGCGUGGCCAAGCCCCUGCGGAAGGCUUCGAUGUGUGUCUGCUGCUCAAGCACGACGUCGUGCAGAGUCGCCGAGUCACCAUUUCGCCGUUGCCGUUACCGUCCAGCAGACGGUUUGUGCAAGUGCAUGUUACCCUGCCUGCAAACGGGUGGCGAGAUGCGUGGCAGGAAGAUGGCAGUCCGGAAGAUCGAUGCGGCACCUGGCACCCGGAGGCCGCGCCUGCGCAGGACGCACGAGUCUGCACAUGGCGCUUUGAUCGGAUUCUGACCUUAUGCCAGUUUGGUAGCAUGGAUAAGCCGAGUCCUACGCCGUUGCGGGCUGGGACAGAGGCUGCUGAACGGGUUUCUUUCGCCACUGUAGAGCUGCAGCGUGGACCUUUUGAUGUUCAAUUUCAAUCAGCUGACUUGGAUCACGCGUUUGUUUCUGCAACUUUCAAUGUCAUGCCUUUGGCUGCUGGGGCGCGCGAGGUGUCGAGCGAGUGUUUGAAAGUGUUGCGACCUGGCCUGGGUCCCAAAAUAGCGCGCAGACCUUUGGAGCGCGAGAGUUGCACACAGAGACAGCACGCCCAAAGUUUUUGCGGCAAGGACUACGAGAAGCCUCGCAUGUUGCCCGGCAUGGGCGCCAUACUUGAAGAUUCCCGCCGCAAGUAUGUGACCUCGUUGAACGUCAAGGAGGAUUCGAAUGCUUUGAAAGAUUUGGCCAGCGUGGAACUGGCAAGGGUAGAUGAGAAUGUUGUGAAAAAGAGCAAGGUGGCCCUCUACUUGGAUAGGUUUAAUAUGAGAGCUCAGGCCGAUAUAUCUGCAGCAUCCCUGGAAAACAUGUCCCUGUUCCAGUUCAUCAGUCGCACGGAUCGCCGUGGAAAGUCGUUGCAUUUGCGGAAAAAAAGCAUAAUUGUUAAGGAGAGGCCAUUCCUGCGCUUGGACGCUCGUCGCAAGGAGGCGGGCGCCAUGGCUCGUUUGUGUUUGCGCUUGCAUCGACCUUUUCAAACGGAGGGGGAUGACCCUAUCCAUCUCGAGGAAGCAUCGGCCGUGACAGAGUUGCGUGCGUUUGUGCAGAGUCCGACGUGCCCAGUGUGGCUGAAGAAAAGGUACGCUAAGCGCAACCGGGUGAAGGCGCUGAGGCGCGCCGAUGCAGCUGCGGACAACAGUGAGAGUCACGGUGCGGAGGUGUGUCCCGCCGUGCCUGCCGCCAGCGCAGCGUCGGUCCCUGCCGUAGCCGCCGCGACGAUGCCUGCUUCGCCAGCAAUCGAAAACCAAGAUGGGGUGCGCGGUGCGGAGGUGCGUCCCGCCGCGGCAGCGCUUGUCUCCAGUCAAGCAAAAGCAGCUACCCGCGCAGUCCACGUGAUCAACUUGAGCGCCGGGCACAACACGGAAGAGUCUGGAGCGGAGGAUACUGCCGAGGGCAAUCUGGAUCCAAAUGAGAAGGUUCCGCCGUCACUGGCAAGCAGAAAAAAAAAUGUGGUGCUCAAACCUUACGCCGAACUUUGGGAAUACAUCAAAGCGGAAACCUUGAAACAGUGUGGUUUGGCAGUUUCCUCUUCGCCAGCGCAUCGUGUGGGUUUCGAUGGACCGGUGAGCAUCCCGCACGCCGAGCUCAAGACGGGCGCAUGGCGACAGAGUGUGUUUCGCUUGGAGCCCCAUUCUUUGGAGCAUGAAGAAUGGGAAGAUGCUGCCGACCGGGAAGCAAAGAGGUUGCGGUAUGUGCAAGCUGCAACGCAUGAACAGAGCACGGGUCGGCCGGGAAAGAGAAUACACGAGGUGUCGUUACCAGUCGACGCAGAUGCUUUGAUGUGCGCCGACUUCGAUACUCGGGCCGAGUGGGACGCUUUGAACCCUUACUUGGACAACGUCCGUGCCCAGUGGCUGUGUCCAGAACUCGCCGUGAAAAUUUGCCCUGAGACCAAGGGAUAUGUCUUGAAGCCGACGUGCAUGGGCCAGUCACUUUACAAGGAAUCCCUGUUGCGAUUGCGGGACGCAGCGCACACGAAAGAAGAUGUUCAGCUUUGGAAGUCGCACGAUUUGACUGAUGUGGCAGCUUGCACUUUGACCGUGGAGGAACGGAAGUUUUUUCGAGGGCAAAUGCGUGCACUUGUUUGCGAAAACCGUCGUGCCGGACAAUUCAACGGCCGACGUCUAG